AUGUUCCUCGAGCGAGUCUGCCUCAUCUCCGCGGCUGUCUUCGUGGCCGUGUCCGCGGCACCAAAGAGGGUGACCAGGUCUACCGUACCCACGUGGCACGUCCCAUGCGGCGAGGACUACGACGUCGAGGUAGCCUCGUGGGAGGUCCUCGAGGAGGAGACGAUGAACAGCCUGGAGAGUCUCAGGCUGCAGCACCAGCUGUUGAUGGGCGACUACUUGAGCCGAGACUACAAUUAUCUGUACGAGAGGGUGGACUUCAGCGUGAAGAAGAAGCAAUAUAUACCCAACUGGCUGCCCGACAAAAAGGACGUGGAUCUCGUGAAGCGACUGGCCAACGCCAGUCCUCAAACGAUCGUCAACCACUUUCCGAAGCUGCACACGGACCUGCAGAAAUUCGCCGUGGCGUUCGAGCAGUUGGUGAAGGACGAGGACGACGUGAGGAAGUGGGAAGCCCUGAGAGGCACGCAAACGUACUUGAACAGCAUGCUGUGCGAAGUCGAGAGCAACAUUCUCGCGCUGCCGUCCCUGCGACUGCCGACGCGCGUGCAGCGGAGCAUCAUGAGCGAGCGCGAGCGGAUUCUGCCGGACGAGACGAACCGACUGGUCAGGGAUUGGGGAGUGAUUCUCAAGUACCAAGACUACCUGCAUGCCUGGCGGCACGUAUUCAACUAUUAGACGCGAAGCGGCAAAAAUAUUAGACUGUCGUCAGCGAGUCAUCGAUCAUUCUCGCCCAGCGAGACGACACACACACGCGCAC